UUUAAAAUUCAAACUAAAGAAUGUAUGAAGUCAAUAUGUGGAAUUUUACUUUAAAUAUACGACUGUUGAGUAUAAAAAUGAGGCACUUUGUUUUUGUUGUAGAUAACCGUCAGGGUCUCUCUGGAUCAGGAAUCUUAUGCUAACACCCAAACAGGCCUGAUAAAACACACCCUCAACCAUUCAAGGCUAAAACCAGGAGUCGUUAACAAACGCUUAUCGCCCUUUCUGACUCCUUUCACACACAUGCGCAUUUAAUAGCCGCCCUAUCCAGCUAGAACGAUCCUGUUCCUGCAUAACACUGGAUGCAAAUCAUGUUUUUCUGGAGAACCAGAUACUGUAUCAACAAUUACAUUUGCAGUUACUUUGGCUUUGGUUCAUGGUCCAUUAUCUUUUUUCAAGCUUUAGCUAUUUCACUUUCUGUAUAUACAAAAUCAUAUCUAUUUUGAGGUUGUAGAUCAAAGUUUUGCUUAGUUACUUUUCAUAGGGACUUCUCUUUACGUACUGACUUUCAUUUGUUCUCUGAAACUGGAUAAAGGUGCUUGCUAUAUGCAUGUUUUUGAAUCUAUGUUUUAGCUCCUCUGCUCCUUCGACUCAUUUUGAGGAGAUUUGUUUAUGUGGGGGAUGCUCACCUCUGGAGUUUGGGGAGGUGGGGGUGUAAGCACAAAACACUGAUAACGGUGGGAGGUGCAUUCUUGCCAAGGGGGGUUCUUGUUUCUUUGAAGGCCAUUUAAACUCCUCUGAAGAGUUUCUCUGUCCACCACUAUCUCAUUUGUUCUUCCUGCGAGGUCUGUCUUCUUGUGAAGUUUAGCGAUGGCUGUGGUUCAUGCUGAAGUGAGCAUCUGGAGUAAGCCGUGGGAUCACAGGUUUCACAUGUAUGGAGGGCAAGUGUGUAAUACCCUAAUGGCAGGUUCCUGGGAUGACAGGACACCUCUACACGAUGCUGCUUUGCAAGGAAGAUUGCUGCCACUGCGAAGACUCCUUUCACAGGGAUACAAUGUGGGCAUGGCUACAUUAGAUGGAAUCACACCACUGCAUGAAGCAUGUGUUGGAGGCCAUUUUACCUGUGCUAAACUUCUCCUGGAACAUGGCGCUGAUGCGAAUGCUGUCUCCUUUGAUGGAGCCACUCCUCUCUUCAGUGCAUGCUGUAGUGGAAACCCUGCCCUCGUCAGCCUCAUUCUGAUGUACAGCUCUGCCCACCACCCGGCUCAUCUGCUGAGCUCACCUCUUCAUGAAGCAGCAAAGAGAGGUCACACAGCAUGCGUUGAACUGCUGCUGUCUCAUGGUGUGAAUGUGGACAUGGAGGUGCCCAGCAUAGGAACACCGCUAUACUGUGCAUGUGAAUCCAAAAGCACAGAAUGUGUACAGAGCCUGCUGAUCUCAGGCGCUGAUGUGCAAUGUGGGCGGGGUCUUGACACACCUUUACAUGCUGCAACCAGAGUGGGCGGGGCAAAGGAGGUGGAGCUACUGUUAGAGCAUGGAGCUGAUCGGUCAUCAAGGAACUCUGAAGGAAAGAAACCUCUGGAACUGACUACAGAUCAGAGUAUCAAACAUCUCUUGCAGACUGCAGGUCCUUGCUCUCUGUCUCAACUGUGCAGAUGGUGUAUUCGACGUUCGCUAGGACAAAAAGGACUACACAAAAUCAAGAUGCUUUGCUUACCACAUACCCUGAACAAUUAUCUUCUCUAUCAUUAAAACACACAAAUAUUCUCCAAACACUCUUCAGUAAACUUGUUCUUUUUUAACAUUAUGUGCACAUUUUUAUCUGUAAAUAAUCUUUGUAUAAGUGUGGCCUUAAUCUUUGUUUUUUUUUGUAAUAAAUAUUUUUAUACAUUCA